UUUCACAGGCACAAACUACAUUUUCUUAUGAAUGGAAAUAGAAAAAAUCUCUUCGGCUUAAAUUGGGACCCAUCCUUCACUGAGAUCAUAGAAGGAAAACAACAAAAGCAAGACAAGGGGAACCGCCAGAAGAGAUGACAAUGACUACAAUUCCAGAAAGUCUUAAUAGCCCUGCCUCAGGAAAAACCGUUUUCAUGGAGUUUGGAUCCCCGAGUCAACAAAUGUCGCCUUCCUCCAUGUCUCACGGACACUAUCCAAUGCACUGUUUACAUUCUGCAGGUCAUACCCAGCACGACAGCUACAGUCCAGCCUCGUCGUUCCCCAGAUCUUUGGGUUAUCCAUACGUGAACUCUGUCGGCAGCCAUUCCACCAGUCCAUAUCUCAGCACAGUACAGACCUACCAAAACAGCUCGGCACUCACACAGACGCGGUUAGAGGAGACAGCGCCUGAAGCAGAGAAAAACACCGUGGUCGAAGGCGGAGAGGUUCGGUUCAACGGGAAAGGGAAAAAGAUUAGAAAACCAAGGACUAUCUAUUCCAGUUUACAACUUCAAGCUCUAAACAGGAGAUUUCAACAAACUCAAUAUCUGGCGCUACCGGAGAGAGCUGAGCUUGCAGCGUCGCUGGGUCUCACGCAGACACAGGUGAAGAUUUGGUUUCAAAACAAGCGCUCCAAAUUCAAGAAGCUGAUGAAGCAAGGCGGGGGCACCAUUGACACCGCCGCUUUGGCCACCGGCCGUGGACUGUCGAGCGGCUCUCCCUCGGUGGCACCUGUCUGGAGCUCACCGACCACCGUGAAGACUUCGGUGGGGACAACCGGAUCUUACAUUCCCAGCUACACCUCGUGGUAUCCAACCGCACACCAAGAGUCUAUGCAACAGUCACAGCUCAUGUGAACCGAGACCUCAGCCCUCGACUCUGCCAUGGCUCGUGUAUCACGAUGGUGAAGGGGCCUCAGCGCGGCCCAGCACUGAUAACACAACAACAACAACAACAACAACAACAACAACAACAACAACUACAACAACAACUACAACAACCCCGAGUUUGCUGACACAGUGGCGUCUGCAUACCGGAUGACGACAAGCAACAAGAAGAAGCAGGGAGCUAAGAGACCGAAAAGGCACGCAAAGCGCCCCAGGGCAACACGUCUGUGACAGUCAGCGGACUCGUAGACUCAUGGAUCUUUUUUUAGCUACUGUUUUUACUUUUGUGGCAGUUUCCUUUUUUUUCUUCUCUUUUGAAACAAAUUUAAUUAUUCUUGUGUGAGUUAUUCUAUUUGUAAGAAAACACGUGUUUGUUUACACCGGAUGUUGGGCCCAAAGUGAUGAUGACCUGAACUCAAUCUGCAUUCAUUAACAGUUAAAGGUUCAUUCUUUUACAAAAUAAUGAUAAUUAAUACAUCCCACCAUAAUGCUUUCAGCACAUUUCAACCCCAGGCAUAUUGUGCAAAGCCUCAACUCGCUACUAUGUUGUUUAUGUGUUUGUUAUUUAAGUUAAAUUAUUCAGACUAGUUUUUUCUGUUGAGGUCAGUCUGUGUUCAUUUUGUAAGUGUGUUUUGAAAUGACAACACUGUGUUGUUGAUGCUGCACUAACGCAAGCAAAGCUUUUCUAUGCCGUGCCCCGAUGUUAUGUGAACAAUGUAAAAGGCCUGACAAUUUGCUGCUUGAGAAGAAAAAAAUGAUUCUGAGGGUGCAGCUCAUUUGUCACUGUAUUUUGUACAUACUUUUCAGACUUGUUUUGUGCUGUACUGGAUACGCUGUGAAACAAGGUUUUAGGCUUUCUGUAAUCGUCGAGAUGUGUUUAGUCAACAUAGAAAAUAUUUAGUUUUGUAUUGAUCACUUUAAUUUAUUUAUCUGUUUCUGAAGUUUAUGUACAUAAUGUGCAAAGUUUCAAAAGCAGUAAAAUAAUGAUUUAAAUUA